UUACCAUCUUUAUUAUGAAGUAAGCGAUAUAUUUAAGGGGUUCUCAUAUAACAAUUCAAUUAUUCUUAAAAUUUAGAACCCCUGAUAUGUCAUAAACAACGAAGAUGGCUUACAGUCAACAUUUUGUUAAUUGUAUAUGUAGAUAUGAUAUAUGUUACUAUUUACGAAAUUUUUAAUUCUGCUCAAUAAAAAUUAAAAUUUGAUUAAAAUUAUGGCUCAAGCGAAACUUAACUCGCAAGAAGAAACAAGUAACACGCUAAAUGAUAAAGAGAAAGAAACUGAUGAAAAAGAAGGCUCAACAACAGUAUUAGAAUGUGCAGUUUGUCUUCAACCAUGUAUAUAUCCUGCAAGAUUACCUUGCAAUCAUAUAUAUUGUUAUCUAUGCGUCAAAGGUGUUGCAAAUCAAAGUAAAAGAUGUCCUAUGUGCCGUCAAGAAAUUCCUCCUGACUUUCUUAAUAGACCACAACUGGUGGAAGUAGAUGAAACACAAAAGGAAUCAGAACAUUUUGAAGAGGAAUAUCAAUGGUUUUAUGAAGGCAGAAAUGGUUGGUGGAAAUAUGAUUCAAGGACCAGCCGGGAUUUGGAGGAUAUUUACAACCUAGGUUGGUGGCAAUAUGAUCAACGUACAAGUCAUGAAUUAGAAACUGCAUAUAAACAAGGCAAACGGAAUUGUGAAUUAUUAAUCGCAGGAUUUCUUUAUAUUGCUGAUUUUGGUUCAAUGCUUCAGUUGCGUAGAAAUGAUCCUUCUAGACGAAGAAAGAUUAAGCGUGAUUUAUAUAAUGUACCGAAAAAAGGAGUUGCAGGUUUAAGAUUAAAUAAUCAAGAUGAAGAAAUUACUAGAGAAGUAAGAGGAGCAGAAAGACCAGCUAGUCCUGCAAGUGAUGAUAUGGGUAUAAUGAUUAGCACCGGAGAUGGUACAAAUACUCCAGUACCUCCAAGUAAUACACCACAAACACCAGCUGGUGGAACAGCAAGUGGUGAUGCUACACCUCUAAAUGACAGAAUGGAACAAAGAGACUCUUUACAUCAGUCAAGUAUGGAAGAAAUAUUACAAUUUGUAAGAGGACAAUGGCAACUUAGUGAUUUACGUGAAAUUAAUAAUGACAAUGGAAGUUUACCUCCUAAGCUUUCAGAAAAAAAAUUUAUUAUAUUAUCUGGAAAUUAUAUCCUUCAGGUAGAACAAAUGUAUAAUAUCACAAAAGCAAAAUAUAAACAAUUAAAAGAAAUUAGAAAUGUUAAUUUCUCAGAAGUAGAUCCAGCUGAAGAAGAAAUGAUGAAAAAGAUGACAAAAACUCAUAAAAAAAGAAUGAUGCAAUUAAAAUUAACAGAUGGAUUACAAAAUAUAAUUGGAAUUGAAUAUAAUCCAAUACCUCAAUUAAAUGAUAUGUUAUUACCAGGAUAUAAACUUAUGAUAAUAGGUCCUAUAAUAUGUCGUAGAGGUGUAUUGUUAUUAGAAGAAGGAAAGCUUAAAGGAAUUGGUGGUGAAGUUGAUAAUUUAUUGAUACCUAAUGCUUUGGAAAAUAUUUUAGCUAGAGCUCUAAAUCUACCAGAAAAUCCUGAUCCUUAUAAUGAUAAUGAAAUAAAAUCAAAUAAUAUUCAAAAAGAAGAAUCACAAAUAGAUGAUAAUUUUUUUGAAGAAGAUUUUCAAAUAAAUUUUGAAAAUAUCUCAAAAAAUACAAAUUCACAUAAUAAAAAUGAAGAAAUAGUGAUAGAAUCACAUAGUAAAAAUGAAACUAAGAUAUAUGAUAAAAGUCCAAUUAAAACAAAAAUUGAAAAUAUUAAUACAGAAAUUAAAAAUGUUCAAAAUCAUGAAAAUGAAAAAAUCAUAGAUGAUGAUGAUUGUUUUUUAGAAAUGAUUGAUGAAAAACAAUUUAUAGAAACACAAGUAGAACAAAAUAUCAUAACACCCUUUAAAGCUUUGCCAAAUGAAGAAGAUGAUGAUCUUAUUAUAAUAAAUGAAGAAGAAAAAAAUAAAGACGUAAAGUAUGAUAUUUGCAGAAAUACCAUAAAAAAUGAUUCUUCACAUUUAUAUCCUACAUCCUUAAUUACUAAAAAAAAUGUUUCUGAUUCAAGAGUUCAAGAAAAACAACAGUGUUUGUUAAUUAAUAAAGAGAUAAGUGCGUCAACAUCUUCUUCUGAAACAAUAACAUUGAAAAAAAGUAAAAUGGAUAGACAUAUUACAGAAUUUAUAAAAGUGGUAACUGUUCCAAAAGAAGAGAAAAUUUGUGAAUUCAUUCAUGAUGUAAAUAAUGAAAUAAUAACAAAUAAUAUCUUUAAAAUCAUUCGAGGUCAUGUUGAAGUUCUUGGAAAAUUAUCAAAAAAAGACUCAUUAUGGAUUUUGGAAGCUACAAUAGCAGAUGGAACUGGAACAAUAGAAGUUUCUUUCUCAAAUAAGCUUUUAGAAAAUUUAUUAGGUUUUAGUGUAAAAGAAUUUUCAUUGAAGAAAAAAUUGAAAAAAAAUCCAGAAAUUGAACAUGAACUUAGAAUGGUAUUUUAAAUCCGUAUUUUUAUACAAAAUUU